AAGCAGAACUGCCUAUCCAGAAAUGUCUUCGGAAAGUAAAGAGCAGCAUGACCUUUCACCCGAGGCUUCAGCUGAAGGACACGGCAGUUCUCUGACUGGGACCCACCUGGAGCUUGAGAAGGAGUCAAGUACUGACCUCAAGACAUUUGAGACCAGUGACCAGUGCAGACCCUAUCCUCGGAUCCACAUGGAGCGUCAGGAGAAACCAAAUACUACCUUCAAGCAGUUUGUUGUCAAAAAGUUGCAGAAGAAAUGCCAGUGCAGUGCAACCAAAGCCAAAAAUGCGGUCUUUGGUUUCCUUCCUGUGUUGCAGUGGCUCCCAAAAUACGACCUCAAGAAAAACAUCUUAGGAGAUGUGAUGUCUGGCUUGAUCGUGGGCAUCUUGCUGGUGCCCCAGUCCAUUGCCUACUCCCUGCUGGCUGGUCAGGAGCCCAUCUAUGGGCUGUACACGUCUUUUUUUGCCAGCAUCAUUUAUUUCCUUGUGGGUACCUCCCGUCACAUCUCAGUGGGCAUUUUUGGAGUACUGUGCCUUAUGAUUGGUGAGGUCGUUGACCGAGAACUACACAGAGCUAACUGUGAUGCGGACUAUGUUUCUCCUUCAGAAAUGAUUUCAAAUGGGAGCACAUUACUCAAUCUGACAUCGGGCAGGAUAUGCGACAAGAGCUACUAUGCUAUUAAGGUUGGCAGCACUGUAACAUUUAUGGCUGGGGUUUACCAGGUCGCAAUGGGCUUCUUCCAAGUGGGCUUUGUCUCUGUCUACCUCUCAGAUGCCUUGCUGAGCGGAUUUGUCACUGGUGCCUCCUUCACUAUUCUCACAUCUCAGGCCAAGUAUCUCCUGGGGCUCAACCUGCCCCGGAGCAGUGGCGUGGGCUCACUCAUCACCACCUGGAUCCAUAUCUUCAGAAACAUCCACAAGACCAACUUCUGUGAUCUCAUCACCAGCCUGUUGUGCCUUCUGGUUCUUUUGCCAACCAAAGAACUCAACGAGCACUUCAAGUCCAAGCUCAAGGCCCCGAUUCCUACUGAGCUCAUUGUUGUUGUGGCGGCCACAUUGGCCUCUCAUUUUGGAAAACUCAAUGAGAAUUACAAUUCCAGUAUUGCUGGACAUAUUCCCACUGGGUUUAUGCCUCCUAAAGCACCAGACUGGAACCUCAUUCCUAGUGUGGCUGUAGAUGCGAUAGCUAUUUCCAUCAUUGGUUUUGCCAUCACUGUGUCACUUUCUGAGAUGUUUGCCAAGAAGCACGGUUACACAGUCAGAGCAAACCAGGAGAUGUACGCCAUUGGCUUCUGCAACAUCAUCCCGGCCUUCUUCCACUGUUUCACGACUAGUGCAGCUCUUGCAAAGACCCUGGUUAAGGAGUCAACAGGUUGCCAAACUCAGCUUUCCGGUGUGGUGACAGCCCUGGUUCUUCUGUUGGUCCUCCUGGUCAUAGCUCCUUUAUUCUUUUCCCUUCAGAAAAGUGUUCUUGGUGUGAUUACGAUUGUAAACCUCCGGGGAGCCCUUCUUAAAUUUCGGGAUCUGCCCAAGAUGUGGAGGGUUAGCAGAAUGGACACCGUUAUCUGGUUUGUGACCAUGCUGUCCUCUGCACUGAUAAGCACUGAAAUAGGCCUGCUUAUUGGGGUCUGUUUUUCUAUGUUUUGUGUCAUCCUCCGCACUCAGAAGCCAAAGAGUUCACUGCUUGGCUCGGUGGAAGAGUCUGAACUCUUCGAAUCUAUGUCUGCUUACAGGAACCUUCAGACGAAGCCAGGCAUCAAGGUUUUCCGUUUCGUAGCCCCUUUGUACUACGUAAACAAAGAAUGCUUUAAAUCUGCUCUAUACAAAAAAACCGUCAACCCUAUCUUAGUAAAGGCAGCUCAGAAGAAGGCAGCAAAGAGAAAGAUCAAGGAGCAAAUGGUGACUCUUGGUGGCGUCCAAGAUGAGGUGUCCGUGCAGCUCUCCCAUGACCCCUUGGAGCUGCACACCGUCGUGAUCGACUGCAGCGCCGUGCAGUUCUUAGACACAGCAGGGAUCCACACGCUGAAAGAGGUGCGCCGCGAUUACGAAGCCAUUGGAAUCCAGGUCCUGCUGGCUCAGUGCAACCCCUCUGUGAGGGAUUCCCUGGCCCAGGGAGAAUACUGCAAGAAGGAAGAAGAAAACCUUCUCUUCUAUAGUGUGUAUGAAGCAGUGGCUUUUGCAGGAGCAUCACCAAAUCAGAAAGGAGUAUGUGUGCCCAAUGGUCUGUAUCUUCCCAGUGAUCGAUAGGAGUAGGCAGAAAGAAGAAGAAUAUCUAGCCAAUAGGUUGUUAACUCGAUAUUUUAGCCUAUUGGAUGGCUGUUAUUCUUCCUUUGAAGCUAAUGGUCUGUGUGUAUACCCAACUGCAGCAGAGUUUACAGCCAGAUAGAAUCAGAAAGAAGAAGAUUUUGUGGUUUCAAGCUUUCUU